AGAGUGUAAACAAAAUAGUUUUGUGCUCCAGUUUAGUUUAUUUUUGACGACGAAGCUACCGAGCAAUCGUUUCGAGGCAGAGUUUUUGCAAUACACAGUUUGUCCCGACGUAACAUUCAACCAUGAACGCACCGCCAACCUUCGAAUCUUUCCUCCUUUAUGAAGGAGAAAAGAAGAUCAUCAAGGAGCUGGACAUGAAGGUGCCGAAUGCAGCCAUUUUCACAGUGAACAAGGAAGAUCACACCCUGGGAAACAUGAUUCGCAACCAGCUACUGAAGGACCCGAACGUGCUGUUUGCUGGCUACAAACUUCCCCACCCGCUCGAGCACAAGUUCGUACUGCGCAUCCAGACGACGUCGGAGUACUCGCCCCACGAAGCGUUCAUGAACGCCAUCACCGAUCUGCUUUCGGAGCUGUCUCUGUUCGAGGAACGGUUCCGGGAGGCGAUGAAAGAGAAGAAGGAAGGCGGCGAUUGAAAAGCAUCUCCCAAAGCACCGUUUGCCGCGCUUGGCUCGGCAGGCAGGAUUUCGGACCGGUCCCGACGAAACGCCACUGUGGCCCGAGCGAGCCCGAAAAUUUCGACUGUGUGUGUGGUGUGGUGACCUAUAUAUUGUUUUCUUCCGUAUAAAUAUUGAAUUAUU